ACCCACGAAGAAGAAUGAACCGGAAGUGAUUGUAAAAACAACACCGUGUUGUUUUGAACCGACACAAACAGUGACACUGAACUUAUAAACCGUCAGACUUUAUGAAGUGAAACAGGAUGGAUAUAGUUCUGUAUGUAACAGCUGCUCUCAUCCUUCUUGUUCUCAUCCUGUUCGCGCUGAAGCUGCAGAGGAAAACACGGGAAGCUGAUGAGGAGCAUCACAGGGAGGUUGUCCGGGCUGCAGGAGCUCCGCAGCGGGCCCCCGAGGAGCGAGGAGCCGGGAUGCCCCGCAGGAGGAGGAACCUGGCUGCUGUGAUGGCCAACAGACGUCUGCAGAGAGCAGAGCCAGAGGAGGACGAGGAGCCUGAGGACGAGGA